AUGAGUGUGCGUGGACAGCUAAUUCAAAUUGGCGAGGACGGCUGUGGUGCCCAUGGCACUGGCGGGCUCUCGCUGCCGCCGUCUUUGGCGCGGCAGGCCGAAAUGAAGGGGCAAAACCAGGCGGGUGGUGGGAAAAGAAGGCGAGGGACAGGCGGGGCUAAAACAGAAGGUUUGCAGAUCGCCGCAUGUAUUAACUCACACACGCAGCCGGAGACGUCGUCUACUUCUGCAGCUGCCGCCGCCUCGCCACAUCGGGCAACCAGCCUCGCCAGCUGACGCCUCCCACUAUCAUGAGGAGGAGAAAAAAACAUACUAGAGCCGGGGAGCUUCGUUUUCCGCGCAGGCUGAAGGGCAGCUGAACAAGACCAACGGGGAUUGAUAGAUUGAUUUCGAAAACCCUGAAGGAGAGGGGGAGGAAAAGAGGAAAGACUGGCAGCCUGAGAGGGAAGGACUCUUUACCACCACCACCACCCUCUCUCUCUCUCUCUCUCUCACACACACACACACACACUAGGUUGCUUUCCUUUUUGAGGUCGUCACCAGCAAAGAAGCAAGACAUAGAAAUGGGUGGAAGAGCCAUGAACGCACCCCAGCUUGUUAUAAGGCACCGCUAGGGAGUCUCUCUUCCUGAGGCACCUCAAUGGUGGUUAGCACGCCAUACACCCGCACCCACAUAGCAACUCCUCAGGCACAGCCAGGUAAUUGAGACUGUGUGCAUGAGGCGCCUGGUGUGGGUCCCCCUCCCGGCGCCGGCGCCCCCUUCCUCCUCCUCCUCCUCCUCCUCCUCUCCGCCCAUGUGUCUCCUUCGCGUCCUGCUGGGCAGCUGCGGAGGCUGUUCCGUGUGAGGGCGCUGCGGGGAAGGCAAAGACUUCGGUAGCUGCUUGUGUGAGGAGGAUUAGGCGCGAGAGCGGGAAGGAAGGGACGAUGGUGAGGUGGGGGCUGUGAGAGCUUGUGGCCCUUUUCUUUCUCUUUUGCUUCUGGGGGAGGGGGAGAGGGAGGAAGAGAACCUGCCAAGCGAUGCCUUUGAGCCGGGGAGAGGCGAAGAAACAGCGCCAAAAAGCGAUUGUCCGCCUGACUGACUGCGGCUAGUUUGCGCGGAAUUCUCAGCCACCUCAUCCGCACCUUUCCUAACUUCCAGGAGUGGAGUAAGAAAGUGCCACAUUGAGCUGCUGGAAGGUAAAGCGAAUGUACUGCUUCCACACGUGGGCUCCUGGCUUUGAGUAGAGAAGGAGAAGGAAGAGUUUAUUUCGAGAGAGAGUGGUUCGGUAGGGGAAGAGGGUGGUCCAAAAGAGCAAAGGGGAGGGAAACAAAAGUAAGAGAGGAGAGAAAGAAGGAGGGGAGAGAGGAAGAGUAGGGAGGGUAAGGAGGGGAGAAGAGAGGGAAGGGUGCAGCAUAAGAGUCCUACCACCUCAUUCUCCCCCCCCCCGCGCUGCACACCGCAGAUUGGCGAAUCUGGCUAGCCUCUCUGUAUUAUGUCUGCACUUCGAAGGAAAUUUGGGGACGAUUACCAGGUAGUGACCACCUCAUCCAGUGGCUCAGGCUUCCACCCGCAGCAGGCAUCGGCACAUAAGAAAAAGCGACAGCGGUUUGUGGACAAGAAUGGAAGGUGCAAUGUACAGCAUGGCAACUUGGGCAGCGAGACGAGCCGUUACCUGUCGGACCUGUUCACCACUCUGGUGGACCUCAAGUGGCGCUGGAAUCUCUUCAUCUUCAUACUCACCUAUACUGUGGCCUGGCUUUUUAUGGCCUCCAUGUGGUGGGUUAUUGCCUACAUGCGGGGUGACUUGAACAAAGCCCACGAUGAGAAAUACACGCCUUGCGUGGCCAAUGUCUACAACUUCCCCUCUGCCUUCCUCUUCUUCAUAGAGACAGAAGCUACCAUUGGUUAUGGCUACCGAUACAUUACAGAUAAAUGUCCAGAAGGCAUCAUCCUCUUUCUGUUCCAAUCCAUCCUGGGUUCCAUUGUGGAUGCAUUUCUCAUUGGUUGUAUGUUCAUCAAGAUGUCUCAACCUAAGAAACGGGCAGAGACACUGAUGUUCAGUGAACAUGCUGUCAUCUCAAUGAGGGAUGGGAAACUCACCCUGAUGUUCAGGGUGGGCAAUCUCCGCAAUAGUCACAUGGUCUCUGCACAGAUCCGCUGCAAACUCCUUAAAUCUCGGCAAACACCUGAGGGUGAAUUUCUCCCCCUCGAUCAACUUGAACUGGAUGUAGGUUUUAGCACAGGGGCAGACCAACUUUUUCUUGUUUCACCACUAACAAUCUGCCAUGUGAUAGAUUCAAAAAGCCCCUUCUAUGACCUUUCUCAACGAAGCAUGCAAACGGAACAAUUUGAGAUUGUUGUCAUCCUAGAGGGCAUCGUGGAAACAACUGAUGUUGGCGUUUACACACAGUAGGUUAUAUCAGAGUAACUGAACUAACCCUUUGGAUUUGUUUUGCUUGUCUGCCAGAAUCCUAGAGAUACUAUGAUAAUCAGUUUCUGAUUAAUCUCCCCUGGGGAAAAAAUCCACAGGAAUUAUAAAUCCAGUUUAAUCAUUGUAAUGUGCAUUCCUCCAUAUUCCAGAAACACUCCUAUGGAGACAUCAAAUCAGAAUACAGACUGCAAAACCACGAGUAUAGACUAUAGUUGAAUUGUAAUUGUGCAGAGAUUGCAGAAUUGAGCCCCAUCUCUUUAGUAAUAUGUUAAUUAGGAUUUUUGUUACUACUGUGAGUAAGGAGCCCAGGUUGUGGUUCCCUGAGUGAUUAAAAAAGUUAUGCUGUAUUUUUAAUCUACUUUUUAUAAAUUGUGUUGAAUUGGUUUUCUUGUAGUAUUCUUUUACUAUUUUACUGUUUUGUGACCAAUUCUAGGAUCAUGAUUGUAAUGGACUGAGUAGAAAUUCUCUUAUUAAUUAACCUACCGCAAUUUGGCUUUAAGAAUGACACAAAUAUAUAACAAAUAAUAAUAAUACUGCUUUUUUCUUUUUAAAAGUUUUAUAUUUUCAACAUUUGCCACAACAUUCUAUUAAAGUGAGGAGGACAGCAUUUCAUUAUAACAAACACUUUGUAGAAAAUGAAUUCCUCUGACAUUUGCGGUGUGAGGUAUUUCACUAUUUGCCCUUGCUCUGCAACCCCCCACCCCUCAUUACAUUUUAUAUGAACCAGGGCCUGUUAUGUGUUCACUGUAGCAAAUGUGAAUGAAUUAUUGGGUAUGCACACAGCUUUCAAGUGAUUUGCAGUGGUUGGCUCAGUAUUUCCUUGUACCAAACUUGCAUGGACCAAAGGAGUGUGUUCCAAUGUUAGUGAAAGUUUUCUGUCUGGUUUAUGUAGUGUAUAUUACAACUGCUCAUACAUGCUCACCCUUCCAAGUUGUAUCCUGCUCUGCUCUAAGGAGGGGGGCAAUUUAUGGCCUGUUCCCCUCCUUACCAUCUCUUCCAUCUCCCCCUCCUCUGCUCCCUAGUGUGUCAGAUAUAUUUGUGAUGGCUCAGUGAAUGAGCCUCUCCAGUUUGUCUGGAUGUUUUUUUGUCUAGUAUCUGUGGAAAUCUCAGGUUUGUAAGGAUUACACUAGUGCCACUUAUUUUGGUGGAUUAGGCUGUUGCUUAUUUUGACUUCCUAUUCACUUUUGAUACUAGGAUAAAAUAAUUCAAAAUAUAGUGGAAGUGAAAGGCAAAAUAGCUGCAGCUCAGAAGACUCAUCUGAUUAUUAGCAAUUGUAGAUGGAAAGUUGAAGCUGAGUGCAGAAUCAAAGGUAGUUAAUAGGAAAUUUAAUGGAGAAAUGUAUGGUACUGUAAGUGGACAGAGAUGAAAACAGAAACUGAUUUCAUGCAUAAGAAACAUACAUUGGGUUCCUGCACUAUCCAUAGAUGUUAGUGAAUUUGUUUCAGAGAAGAGAAACGGCAACUGAUAUAAGUUAAAUAAUUAAAUCUAACUUACAAUAUGGUAUAUGCCAUGCAAUAUGUAUUCUUUAAACCAAGUAGGUUCUGAAAACUAAAUUUAGCAGCAAACAUGGUGGGCAUUCUAACAAAAGUAUGCUAUCUAUAUUAAUUGCUUGCCCCAGAAUAUAUUAGUCCUGAGCCUUGACAGUUCUUUCCUUUCCUUUGAGUAUGAGGACCAAGAGCCAUUUACAUGUCUUGAGAUCAAGAAUUAGGAUAUUUAACAGAUGCAGCAGUUAUGACCAAGGAAAACCUGAUUUACAGUCAUGAACAAUGUGGGGCAUAUCUAAGGUGGAGAUGGCUGCCACCCUUGAGCUACAUUUGACAGAGAGCCUAGUUUAGAUAUGCAAACAAAAUAACACAGUGUCUGUAAACCUACACACUUACCUAGGCAUCCCGAUGAACUCAAUGGAAUUAUUCUGAGUAAAUAGGCAUGGGUUUACAGUGUAGGUUUGCAUAGCAAAACAACCUAAAUUAGAUUUUAAAAAGCAAGUUAAAAAAAGCCAAAUAACUUUGGAGAAAAGUAGGACAUUUUAGUCUUCCAUUAUAUCCCAGUUCUGUUUUCUAGCAUAUGUUGUAAGUAGCAGGAAUUGGUCUUCCAGUUGAAUGAUUGAUUCACAUUUGUAUGUAUUACCAAGACUGUAAGUCAAUCUGAGGUGUCUCUCAAUCCUACAAUUAAUUAUGUCAAAUGAUUCUGACUAUCAGGUUCCAAAAAGCUUUGUCUGCAAAAUAGGUGUUAUAAAGAUGAAUUUUGUAAACUGCUUAGAGGUUUGUUUGU